AUGGCUUCCAUUACCGUUAACGGCACACCGAAAAAUACCGGCAUAUUGGCCGUAGAAAUUUAUUUUCCAAAGAGAUAUGUGGAACAAGCUGAACUCGAAAAAUUCGAUGGUGUUUCCUCGGGAAAAUACACCAUUGGUCUCGGUCAAACGAGAAUGGGUGUUUGUGACGACCGUGAAGACAUUAAUUCGGUAGCAUUAACAGCUGUACAAAACUUGGUUGAAAAAUACAAUAUCUCCUACAAAGAUAUUGGCCGAUUGGAAGUCGGUACCGAGACAAUAAGUAUGAUUGAUUAUCAGCAUUUACUCUACAAUCUUGAUAAAUCAAAAGCAGUAAAAACUGUAUUGAUGCAACUUUUCACGGAAUCAGGAAACACCGAUGUCAUGGGCAUUGAUACAACUAACGCAUGUUAUGGAGGUACUGCUGCACUUUUCAAUGCUGUUCAUUGGGUCGAGUCAUCUUGGUGGGAUGGACGUUACGCGCUUGUUGUUUCCGGAGAUAUUGCAGUUUAUGCAUCUGGACCUGCCAGACCAACUGGGGGUGCAGGAUGCAUCGCAUUACUUAUUGGUCCUAAUGCACCUAUUGUACUCGAAAGCGGACUUCGCGGAACACAUAUGGAACAUGUUUGGGAUUUCUAUAAACCUGAUUUAAAUUCAGAAUUUCCAGUGGUUGAUGGCCACUUCAGCAAUUUAUGCUAUUUGAAAUCAUUAGAUAUUUGUUACAAUCGGUACAUAGAAAAACUAGUGGCCAAAGAUAAAUCUGCAAGGCCAAAUCUUGGCUCGAUCGAUUAUGUUCUUUUUCACGCUCCUUAUUGUAAAUUGGUGCAAAAAGCUUUUGCACGUUUACAAUUCAACGACUUUGUGCGCAAUCCAGACGACAAACAAUUUCAAAGUGUUGCCAAUUUCAAGGGUAUUGAGAUUGAAAGUUCUUUGGAUUCAAAAGACUUGGAAAAGGCUUUUGUAAAUCUUUCUAAAGAAGAGUAUACGAAAAAUGUGUUACCUGGUCUAUUUGUCGCCACUCAAAAUGGCAAUAUGUACACCGCUUCUUUAUACGGUUCGCUUGUCUCACUUUUAGGCGAAACGCCCUCUGAUCAGUUGGCAAGCCUUGCUGCUACAUUCUUUUCUAUAAAAAUUAUUGCGCCGAUCACAACCAUCGCCAAAAACCUAAACAUCAAAAAUCGGCUCGAUUCUCGAGUCAAAAUUUCACCAGAGAAAUUUAACGAAAUUAUGCGUCUAAGAGACGAAUCGCAUUUAAAAAAAGAUUUCAGUCCUGUUGGCGAUAAAAGUCCAGUCUCGGAUUCCUUUUUCGGGGGUACCUACUAUCUUACUCGUAUUGAUGAUAAAUGGAGACGAUUUUAUCAGCGUACUCCACAUAAACAAUAA